UUUCGUGAGCUGUGAGAGUAGAGCCAAAGCUCUAUCUUUGGCUUAUUGUGUGAUAGCCGCAAUGGCCACUUACACUGCUUACAGUGGCUACAGCAAGCCACCUCAAUCUUACGCAGGCUCUUACUACGAUGAGAAGCAGGCCCAGGCCUAUACUGAUUAUCAAGACUCUAUAGACGAGGAAAAAAAGAGAAUUGAGAAGAAGGACCGUCGGGAAGCCAUCUGUUGUGAAGUAGUGGCCCUCAUCAUCGGUUUCAUUGGACUAAUCGGAGUGGCGGCCGUGACAGGCCUGCCGAUGUGGAAGGUAACAGCCUUCAUCGAGGAGAACAUAAUUGUCAUGGAGACCCGCUGGGAGGGUUUGUGGAUGAACUGCUACAGACAAGCAAACAUCAGGAUGCAGUGCAAGGUAUACGAUUCUUUGCUGUUUCUGCCUCCGGACCUCCAGGCUGCUCGGGGUCUGAUGUGCAGCUCCGUGGCCCUGACUUCACUUGCCCUCAUCGUUUCAGCAGUGGGGAUGAAGUGUACCAAAGUGGUGGACCAUCGGGCUCGCACCAAGCAUGUUGUUCUUGUGGCUGGAGGCUGUCUGUUCCUGAUGGGCUGCAUUACUACUAUAAUCCCAGUGUCUUGGACGGGCCAUGUCAUCAUCAGGGAUUUCUACAACCCUCUGCUGAUCGAUGCCCAGCGUAGGGAGCUUGGGGAGGCUCUUUACAUUGGCUGGGUAACCUCAGCUUUGCUUUUCACUGCCGGAGUGAUCCUGCUGUGCCGUCAUGCUCCCCGAACCCAGGAGCCAGAUGAGAGAAUUGUAUACAACCCUGGGGUAAACAACUACCAGCCUGCAUACACAUACCAGCCGUACACGUACCAGCCAGCAUACAGCUACCAGCCUCCCUAUUCUGCACCCCCGCCAGGAUCUGUAGCAUACACACCAAGCCAGUACUAGGCACACAAACAAAGACAGACAAUUUUGGACUCUUUUUUUUUUUUUUAAGCCAAAAUUUGGCACAUUUGAAUGAGAAUAAUCAACUGACUAAUAUGACCAAAGGCUGUCACUGGAAAUGGCCAAAUCUUUCAUUAUUUUCUCAAAGAGGGCAAAGUGUAUUGCAGAGAUUGAAAUUUCUUAUGGCACUGUUUGUGUAUAACCAUGAUGAAAUGUGCUGAAUUACUGUACUUUGUUUUCAGACGCUUAAUAUACACUAAUUUAUAUCUGUAAUAAUACAAGUUAAUAGUUAAUAUCACUGUCUUUACAGACUCUGCUGACAUGCUCUUCGAGAACAGAUUAUGCACUAGGCCUUUUUCAGAUUAUAUACACCUCUGUAGAAUUUAUGUUCACUAUUGAGUUUUUGUUGUAAAUGUACGUACUUUUUCAAAAUGCUGGCCUAAAUAUAAGGUCAAUUGAUUGUGGUUUACAAUAAAGGGAUAUAGUUGAGAAAAAUAAAAA